AUGCCAGUUCAACCUUCUGAACAACAAGUGAAGGACCUCAAGAAAACCCAAGCUGACCUUUGGGAAAAAGCUACUAUGCAGGAGUCUAUUGUGAGGCAGAAAUCAAGAUGUAGACGGAUCAAAGAGGGGGACAGCAACACAUCCUAUUUUCAUAGAGUUAUUAAUUUGAGGAGGAAGAGAAAUGCUUUGAGGGGGUUGCAGAUUGGUGACACCUGGGUGGAAAAUCCUAACAUUAUAAAGGCUGAAACCUUUCAUCAUUUUCAGAACAGGUUCAAUGAGCCUCACUUGACCAGACCUAACUUGGAUGGGGUUUCAUUUAAAAGUCUGACUUCUACUCAGAGAGAAAUUAUGAUUGAACCUUUUAAAGAGGAAGAGAUAAGACCCAUCUCCCUCAUUGGAUGUGUUUACAAAAUUAUUGCUAAACUACUGGCUAACAAGCUCAGCAAGGUCAUGAACCACCUCAUUGAUGAAAGGCAAACAGCCUUUGUGAAGGGUAGACAGUUGCUCCAUGGUGUUUUAAUUGCAAUUGAGGUGGUUGAGGAGGCUAGGAGGUCUAAGAGGCCUUGCAGGUUUUUUUCUGUUUGUGGAUUCAAUCCAAAAGAAAACUUAGGAGAAUAA